AUGCCAGCUAAAAAAAGUUCGCAAGCUGCAACGCAAUCUCAAAUAUCAAUUCAUAACGGUAGUUCAGAUGAUCAUGAUGAUGACGAUAAUCAUAUUCUCGAAGAUGAUGCAAACAUUCGUCAAAUGGUUUGUGCAUCAAUUCAAUACAUAUUAGUACAUAGCUCAAAAUUGCAAGUUAUUAAGCGACUUGAAUGGAUCAAUACAGUACUUCGUCCAAUGGCUUAUGAUGGUAGAAAAUAUUUUCCAAGUGUACAUAAACAUGUUGUAAGAAUUUUAAAUGAUACAUUUGGUUACAAACUUGUAUUUGAUGAAAAACAUGAUGGUUAUGUAGUGGUGAACGCAUUGACAAAAGGUCCACUUGAACAUCGACCAUUAGCAAAUUCCAAUCAAUAUUCUAAAUAUGCAUUAUUAAUGAUUAUUGUUACUUGUUUAAAACGAGCUGGUGGUGAAAUGGCAUCAGUCGACUUUUGGGGUAUACUCGGUGAAACAUUUUCUAUUCGUAAUGAUGAAUCAACACGUUUAAGUAUCAAUCAACAUAAGAUAUUUGGUGAUGUACAGAAAUUAAUUAAAACGGAUUUUGUUAAAGAAGGUUAUCUUAUAUUUGAGCAAGCAAAAGAUUUUACCGGUGACACGCCAACACAGACAGUUAAACUUGGUUUUCGUGCUCAACAAGAAUUUCCCGAUGAAACAGUUGAGAAAUUUAUUGAAAAAAUUGAUGAUUACGGCAUUGAAAGUGAUAAAGAGGAUGAAAAUGAAAAUAACGCUAUGGAUGAAGAUAAUUGA